GGUAUCGACCCCAACAAACUGGUAUUAGGCCUACCCUGGUAUGGGUACGACUACACGUGCAUUAAGACUGGUCCCGAGCGUACGUGCUAUAUAAAGGAGGUGCCCUUCCGGGGGGUUAAGUGCAGCGAUGCGGCCGGAACUCAGGUGCCGUACGUGGAGAUCAAGAAAUUGGUGGCUAUUUAUGGGGACUGGUAUGACGAGCACUCGGAGACUAGAUACGCAUAUUUCAAUGACUCGACAAACACGACUCGUCAAAUCUGGUACGACGGCCCCGGUAGUCUGGGACAGAAGGUUGGGUUCGCUACAUACAAAAACCUGAGGGGAGUGGGUGUUUGGAACGCCAAUAUGUUGGACUACUCGGGCACUCCGGAAAGUAAGACUAUGAUAUCCGACAUGUGGGGACAGUUCCCCGACUAUAGACAUAAUAAAACUCAC